AUGCGUCCUGGAUUGCUGGAUGUCUAUAGAGAUCAUGCAGAAGCCGCAACCCCUGCCACUGAUAAGAAACCACCGAAGCGCUUCUUGGUUGAGCCGAGAAAAGUUAGUUCAAUACAUACUGUUGGUUUGUCUCAGGAAAAUGCGCAGUUGGAUAUCGUACCGAUGAUGAGCUGCACGAAGUAUACGAAAUCGAUUCUGCCCGCUGUCCAGAAAGUUGUUGCAGGCUCGUCCCAGAUGCAAGACAUUAUCAAGGUCUCCAAGUUCUUCGAAGAUUCAUGGGAUGAGUCUCUGGAGGAUGAUAUUUCCAUUGCGCAGAAUUUCUUAGCGCAAGUUGGUGCAUCACCCGUGUCUGCGCUUACUGCUUUUGCAGGAGCUCCUUUAUUGGAGAGGAGAUAA